AUGUCCUGGCUUAGCCAGGGUGAGAAAGAAGGGGCUUUGAUCACCUUACCACAGGUUGCAGGAGUCAGAACACGUGCGGAAGCAGGGGGAAACAAAGCCAGAUUCCAGGAAAAGGUGCUUGUUUCUCCAACUGAGAAAGCCCAAAGAAGCUAUGGAAUAAAGAGCACAACUUCCGACCAUCUCUUUCUUUCCUUUCUGUCUGGCCACUGGAAUGGCAGUUCUAGUGUACGUGAUUGUGGUUUGCAGUUACUUGUGACCCUGCAGAAGGGAGCUGUGGGACCUCUGGUGACAGUCAGGAGUUAG